AUGACAGAGAAGGCUGUGAAGAACUCGGCGGCGAGGCCAGCUGACACCCAGCAGCUUGCCAAGCAUUUAGCGAGGUUGCUCAUCAACCGAGCGAAGGCGUCUGGUGCGAUCACUGGACAGUGCAUAGCUACAGCAGGAGGCGGUUCGGUGAAUCUUUGGACGACCCUCACGGAUCGAAUCGUUAGGGGGCAAGGUCCGAUAUCAGUACCUGGUACGAUCAAGGCCUUGAUGGCGUUAGGGACUACUCAUGACUCAUUGGUCAGUAAGCGCCCUCUUACUAAGCUGGAAAAAGCAUCAGAUGUUGAGGAACUCGCUGAGGCCAUUGCACUGGCGACUGACCCUAG